AACACGGCCUGUUUACUGUUGGGAAAAAAGACACGUGUGUUAUGAAUGCGGAACUCUCUAAAAACGAGUUCGUUGCUAUACAAACAUGACAGUGUAUCACGAUGAAAUCGAAAUUGAAGAUUUCGAGUAUGACGAAGAAACGGAAACGUAUCAUUAUCCGUGCCCAUGCGGGGAUAGAUUCGAGAUCACGAAGGAAGAGCUAAGUCAAGGUGAAGAAGAUGCAACCUGUCCGAGCUGUUCUCUCAUCCUCAAAGUUAUUUAUGACCCGGAAGAUUUCAUGAUCGGAGAGGAAGUAGCUGCACCAAGUCAAAAAGGAUUAGAAGUAGCAUGAUGAUGGAAGCCCCUUUACCCCCCCCCCCCUCUCCACCAACUUACUGUAGUCAAUGAGGAGAGUAAACCUUCUAAACAGAAACCAAGGAUGAUGGUUCU